AUGUACGUCGAUUUCUCAGUGACUCCUGUAAUUGAGCCGAAAAAGCGGCACAGUGAACCUUACACAGAGUACUCGGUGUGCCAAAGCUUGUGCGUUCCAAAAAAUGACUCCAUGCACUGUUUAUCGGUGCCCGACCUCAGUACUUCACCGCAUCAGCUGUUCAAGGAGUUCUGCUCCGAUACGCCGAGAGCCACGUCCAACAAUCUUUCCCCCCCGAGCCGGUCACCGGUAUCGUCCGCGUCGGCAAGUCCCAAUCGGAUAUCUCGCAAUAGAAACAAACAGACCAAAGGAAGACGGAGAUCGCUAGGAGUGCCCGGAAGUCGAUCCCCGAACGGUCGGAAUUUAUGGAAAGAGCUCGACGAAGACCCCUGGGCCGAAUUCCACCGGAAACGCUCUCCCGGUGCGGUGAGCUCACCCAAAUCCCAUCUCGAGCCGCCUUCGGGCUACCGGUGCCGAUCGUUUUCUAUAACGUCGAGGGGGAAUAUCCUGAACCUAGGUGACGUUGUACUAUCGAAUCUCGAAGAACGCCGACGGAGCACGAGCUCAUGCACCGAAGAUCCCGAAGACACCGGACCGCCUCUGUUCCGGGUGCGACUCAUUGGAAGUCAAGGAGUUGGGAAAUCCUGCUUGAUUCGGCAAUUCAUCGAAGGCUGUACCGACACCGUUAAUGAGGACGGUCACCUUGAAAUCAUUACGAGCCCGCCUUCGUCCGCGAGGAACAGUGUGGACACUCAGUCGACGCGGGUGAUGCUUGACGGCGAGGAAUUCGAGGUCGAGUUCGAUGAAACCACCGACAACGUGAUCACAAAGCAACACAUCGAAGAGAUCGACGCUUUCGUAGUCGUGUAUUCGAUAACGGACCGGGAAAGUUGGAAUUUCGCCGAGGACGCCAUUUGCGAGCUUCGUACGCUUUGUGGGUAUUCAAAAGGACGUCGGAGAUCGUCAGCGACCAACACGACGCUUAGCCGGCCCAUUACGAAAACGAUUUUUCUGGCUGCGAAUAAGGCCGACUUAGCUCGGAGGAGAUGCGUCUCUAACGAAGAGGCCAAAGCUUUCGCGAAGAAGCAUGACUUGAAAUUCAUGGAAAUGUCGGCCUGCAUAGGACACAACGUUGACGAUGUCCUUGUGAAAAUACUCAAACAGCUCCGUCUCAAGCAACGCUCGGGAUCCGUUCCCGCGUGGUGUAACCUCAACGUACCCAUCCGUUCCCGGGCCGCGUCCCUAAGUCCCGAUCCCACCGGUCAUCGAGCUUCAAUAACAGCGUUCUCUCCAAUCACGGUCAGACGGCCAUCGGUGGCGAGAUCAAUAUGCUAUAAGGCCCGUGGCUUUAUAAGCAAAUUCUGGACCAAGUGCGAUUCAUUAAAGACGCAUUCCUAUGAUGACUUGCACGUUCUAUAG